AUGAGCCUCGGUCCUAGAGAUGCGGCUCGAAAUGAAACUUCGGAAAAGGAGAUGACACCCUUAUCAUCUGGCAAAUCCGAGUCGCGUAUAAAGGACCCUCUCCCACAACCGCCUACGCCUGUCGUUAGACAGAUUAGGGACAGAUUAUCAGAACCCGUGACGGCUGCCUUCAUUGCGGGUGGGGUUGCUGGUGCGGUAUCGCGAACAAUAGUCUCCCCCCUCGAGCGAUUGAAGAUUUUGCUUCAAAUCCAGAGCGUUGGCCGAACGGAAUACAAACUGUCAAUAUGGAAAGCAUUGGUGAAAAUAGGCAAAGAAGAAGGGUGGAAAGGCUACAUGCGUGGCAACGGGACAAAUUGCAUACGAAUAGUGCCUUAUUCUGCUGUACAAUUUGGAAGCUAUAGCUUUUAUAGAAGGCUCUUUGAGCCGGCUCCUGGGGCAGAACUUACUCCUCUUCGUCGCUUAAUAUGUGGAGGUAUCGCGGGUAUCACGUCUGUCACAUUUACUUAUCCAUUAGAUAUCGUAAGGACACGACUUUCGAUCCAGUCUGCGUCGUUUAGGGAAUUGCGGAAAGGACAAGAAAAGCAGUUGCCUGGAAUAUUCCAAACAAUGCGGUUGAUGUACAAGACUGAAGGAGGCUUCCUUGCGCUGUACCGCGGAAUAAUCCCCACUAUUGCCGGAGUUGCUCCUUACGUUGGAUUAAAUUUUAUGACUUAUGAGUCAGUACGAAAGUACCUUACGCCUGAAGGAGACCUUAACCCUAGUCCUUACCGCAAGUUGUUGGCCGGCGCAAUAUCAGGAGCUGUUGCACAAACAUGCACAUAUCCAUUUGAUGUCCUUCGAAGAAGGUUCCAGGUCAACACCAUGUCGGGUUUGGGGUACCAGUACACCUCAGUAUGGGAUGCAGUGAAGGUUAUCGUGAAGCAAGAAGGAGUUAGAGGUUUAUAUAAAGGAAUUGUUCCGAACUUACUCAAAGUGGCCCCAAGCAUGGCGAGCAGUUGGCUCAGCUAUGAACUAACGCGUGAUUUUUUGGUCGGCCUCGGUGAUGAUGAAUAG